GAAGGAAAAGGGAAAGGAUGCUAGAGCUUUCUCCUUUUUUUUAGAUUCUCGCUUUUUUUUGUUUGAAUGAAAAAUGGAACAUGUUUGGGGACAUCAUGCCCCGCAAAUUGGCUUCUCAGCGGUGUGUCUUAUCUGGGCUCACUGCCUCCAUGGUGCAACUUGACCCAGUUAACAUGUGCCUGUGGAAGACCUGCCCGUAGAACUGGGCUGGGGUCCAGACGCUCAGGAAUUAGCACCGAGCUAGGUUUUCCAGUGUGACAGAGUCGCUCUUGAGGGUCGUGUUUCAUAUGAUGGAGUAGACCUUCCCCCGUUGCCUGCUGUUUUGUGCCACCACUGCUGAUGAUGUCAAAUCUUCCAUCCUGAGGACAUUUUUGGAUGCACAGAGAGCAGUAUUUGAAGAUUUAACCAUGAACAAAAACAAGAGGGAAAGAGAGUUCUACAGCCUGGAUGUUGGGGACUCGACGUUCACAGUCCUAAAGCGAUACCAGAAUCUAAGACCCAUCGGCUCCGGAGCACAGGGCAUCGUCUGCUCUGCCUACGACCAAAUCCUUGAACGAAAUGUUGCCAUCAAGAAGCUGAGCCGGCCGUUCCAAAAUCAAACCCACGCCAAGAGGGCGUUCAGAGAGCUAGUCCUAAUGAAAUGUGUAAAUCACAAAAAUAUUAUCGGCCUAUUAAAUGUGUUCACACCACAGAAAUCAUUAGAAGAUUUCCAAGAUGUAUACUUGGUGAUGGAGCUGAUGGAUGCCAACCUGUGCCAGGUCAUUCAGAUGGAGUUGGACCACGAGAGGCUGUCCUAUCUGCUCUAUCAGAUGCUGUGUGGUAUCAAACACCUCCACGCAGCCGGCAUCAUUCACAGGGACCUAAAGCCCAGUAACAUUGUCGUCAAGUCAGACUGCACUCUGAAGAUUUUGGACUUCGGCUUGGCUCGGACGGCUGCCACAGGCCUCCUCAUGACACCGUAUGUGGUUACACGCUACUACAGGGCGCCAGAGGUGAUCCUGGGCAUGGGCUACCAAGCCAAUGUGGACAUAUGGUCUGUGGGCUGCAUACUGGCGGAAAUGGUUCGCCAUAAAAUCCUCUUCCCAGGAAGGGACUACAUCGACCAGUGGAACAAGGUAAUUGAGCAGCUAGGCACUCCAUCUCAGGAAUUUCUAAUGAAGCUGAACCAGUCGGUAAGAACGUACGUAGAGAACAGGCCACGCUAUGCCGGAUACACCUUUGAGAAACUCUUCCCAGAUGUGCUCUUUCCUGCAGACUCUGACCACAACAAACUGAAAGCGAGCCAAGCUAGAGAUCUCUUAUCAAAGAUGUUGGUGAUUGAUGCCUCUAAGCGCAUCUCCGUGGACGAGGCCCUGCAGCACCCCUACAUUAACGUUUGGUACGACCCAGCCGAAGUAGAAGCGCCUCCUCCGAAGGUUCUCGACAAACAGCUGGAAGAGAGGGAUCAUACCGUGGACGAGUGGAAAGAUCUUAUUUAUAAAGAAGUGAGUGAAUGGGAGGAAUGGAAAAGAAACGGAGUGAUAAGAGGACAGCCGCCGCCUUUAGGUGCAGCAGUGAUCGACAGCCCCCCGCAGCCCACGUCCUCCUCCUCGUCUUCAGCCAACGAUGUCUCGUCCAUGUCCACAGAGCCCACUGACCCGAGCAGUGACCCCACCCUGGCAUCUGAAACAGACAGCAGCCUGGACAGCCACACCUCUCUGGGUGCACUGGCCUGCUGCAGAUAACGCACACAUACAACACACACACACACACACACACACAUACACACACUCAACACACACAAAAAAAACAAACCUGUCCUCAUCUGUGUGUGUGAUGGGAGACGGUUUAGGCCAAUGGAACUUUUCAUGCUAGUUUGUAGAGCUUUUAAUGUACAGGUUGUUUUUAUUUCCCCUCCCCCUCACACUGCUGUAAAUGAUUGUGGUUUGAACUGUACCAUUAUUACUGUAUUUUUGCUGCGAAGAAUCAAGAGUAUGUUUUGAUGUGAAGCUGUGAUGUAUGUGUUGAAAGAGAGGGAUCUGAGUGAACUUUUACACAGUGCUGUUUCUUAGCUGCUGCUACACAGUCGAAAAAAAACAAACCAUACUGUGAGCACUGCAGUAUUUCGUUGAGUAUAUUUUUUGAAUUUGUUUAAUUGUUAGGGACAUCUGAAUGACACCUAUUUAGCAGUAGAAAAUAGCACAUUUCAUCUUGGAACCAAAUGCAAAUGAAUGAUUUUAUUUUGAUAUUGUUCCUCAUCUUUCUUGUAGAAAGUGUCCCCUUGGUGUAUCCAAGAAACUUCUUAGUAUUAUGUCACCUCUUGAUUGUGUGCAUCUUGACAAGCAGUCAAAUGAUCUAUUUGCCCUGACACUGAAUUUCUUAUUUUUUACUAUAGCAUACUGUAAACUGACUGUAUUUAACUUUUUUUAUUUACUUAGAUGUAAUUUAUAGAUGAUGGUUUGUUGGAUGAGGAAGAACAGGGUGAAUGUUAGUGACUAUAAAUGUGGCUAAGUGAGGAGCCAAUGAUUGCUGUAAGUUAAUGUAGGCCACACCGCUGGCUAGGAUGAGUGCUGUUCUUGGGGGCUGUCACCUGGAGACUAAAGCUGCGUUUCCACCAAAAGUACCCAGAACUUCUAGUCUCGGGGGCAACUUUUCAAGGGAUUUUUAUCAAGGUAUAAAGACCGGUAAAAAUUCAGCAAAAUAGUCUACAGCAGUGACUGUAAAUAAAGAUGGAUGACACGUCGUCACCACUUUCCUUUGGACAAAAGUGAAGCUAAAUUACCCCCGCCACAGGCACUGACAGAUUGCACUGGUUAAGCCUUUGCAGAAAUCUGUGCCACAGUUUCGAUGUACCCCUCCCCCCCCUUUCACCAACCAAAACCGAGCAACGACCUCACAUGUUAAAAAAAAAUAGCUGUCAAGUAUGUUGUUCAAUUAACUUAUUGAUGAAAUGUCCCAAACUUCCCGAACCUGCAGGAAGUGCUGCUGCUCGCAGGAGUCCUUUGGGUGGGUUAAAUAAAGUUCCUGGGACUUUUUUUUUCGACCCAGGUGCCUGCGGUUAAAAGGCGUCAUGAACCUCUAAAAGUCCCUGGGAAAAGUUCCUGAAGUAACAGGGAAAAAAAACGCAGCUUUAGUCUUCGUUAGUCACUUUACCCUUCCGGCAGGUUCUUUCAGACAUUUGUCACAACUGUCUGAAUAUCAAGAUAUUUAAUUUAAGUGCCCUUACUCAGUUCAUUGAUUUUUCAGUCCUCUCUCUGUGGCAGAUGCCCCUCUCUUCUGUGGUGCGUCUUUCUGAGUUCUACCUCACACAUGCACAGGUUUUUAGACGAUACAGUUUGUUGAUCAUGGCACACAUCAUUCAAAAGAAAUGCAAAAAAAACUCCAGUUGUUUUCUGUAUUUCUUAUUUAUUUAUUUAUUUAUUUAUUUCAAGCUCAGAGGCGUCUAUUGUAUGUAAUGUACAUUUCAUUCAGAAGUACUAUUUAUAUGCGGUUUUGUUUCAUUUUUAUUUGUUUUCUGUGCAAUAUAACUCAUAGAUUAGUAUAGCCAGUGUUUGAUCUGUACAUUUGACUGUAGAUGUAUGUAUAGUUUCUGAGUCAGGAAAAAGGCAUUUGCUACCUGCCAUGAUAACCUUUGGAUGUAUUUGAUGGCUCAAAUUCCCCAACCUGUCCCUUUGCCCUUUUUCAUGGUUGGGCACUCCAGACAGUUAACCCCACCCCCCUAGCAUCAGCUCCCAGAAUGCACUUUGGGGAUUGUGACGCAUGUCCCGAACCCUUUCUAAGCCACAUCUCAAAUCAAUGCUGUGGCUUCCUCUUAUUGUGGUUUCCCACCCCCUCCCCCCCUCCCACCCCUCUCCUCUAUCUCCUCCAAAAUAGAAAAGAUAGAAUAGACUACGCAUGAGUUUUCUCUGAGCAAAUCUGGUUUAGUGCAGGUACAUUUAGAGGAAAUAAAAGGACAGCCAUUCAGCGCUUCUGGGAUGAUGCAGCAGUCUUCUGAUGGGGUUCGGACAAACACUGACAGUGCAGAGUUUACCUGUUGUGGAGUGAUUGGGUAAGGCCAGUUGUGUACAUUUUAGCCUUUGGAUCUGUAAUUGCCUCACUAACAGACUAAUUAUAUACAUCAGAAAAAUGGAAACUGUCUACCUUCAACUCCAGCAAAUAAAAAGAGUUGAAUUUUAA